GUCAGGUGAUAUUUUCCACUUCACCAUUUUGUGCUGCUGCUCCGCCGUGUAUUUAGCAGAAGAUUCGUGACUAGUCCAAUUACAUCUCUAGUUGGCUACAUAGGUUUCCCAGUUUACAUUUAAAGAGCGUGUGGCCUUCGAUAGGUGUAGUCGGUAAGCCAUCAAGGGGAACCGCAAUAUCCGUUUGGUAUUCCGUGUUGUUUUAAACAGAGAAUGUCGUCCGAAAGCCCCGAAUACUCUCCGUUCUUCGCGGUGAUGGGUGCCUCUGCAGCUAUGGUUUUCAGCGCCUUGGGAGCAGCCUAUGGCACGGCUAAGAGUGGAACAGGGAUUGCUGCCAUGUCAGUGAUGAGGCCAGAGCUCAUCAUGAAGUCCAUCAUUCCAGUGGUCAUGGCGGGUAUUAUAGCCAUCUACGGCCUGGUGGUAGCGGUGCUCAUCGCCAACAACAUCUCUGAGAAGGUCACCCUCUACAAGAGUUUCCUUCAUCUUGGUGCUGGGCUGAGUGUGGGCUUGAGCGGGUUGGCAGCUGGCUUUGCAAUUGGUAUUGUAGGUGAUGCUGGGGUUCGGGGCACGGCGCAGCAGCCCCGGCUCUUCGUGGGCAUGAUCCUCAUCUUAAUCUUUGCCGAGGUCCUCGGGCUCUACGGUCUCAUCGUGGCCCUCAUCCUGUCCACGAAAUAAACCACCAACCUCUCCACCAAUCUGUCUUAUGUUGCUGAAGGAGGAAAAAAAAUAACGGAAUACUGGAUAAAAAAUUAAAUGAAUGACAAAAUAAUGAUAUAAUAAAAAAUGGCUCCAUAAAUAUGGUCUUAUCUCUACAAUGUGUACAGUCGUCCCAAUUUGAUAGUCAAAUGCAAUGUAGUGAUUUGUCGGUCCUGUGUGUUGCAAAAUGUAUGAAGAUCCCCCCACUGGUUUACAGCCUCCAUGCUUGCCAGGUUUCUUGCUGAUUUCUGCCUCUGGUCUUAGAGCUGACCAAAGGGCCCCACUGCUUUUUCUCCUCCUGCAUUGAUCUGGCUGUUUACAUGAUUUCUGCAUUUAAUGUCUGAGGAUCUAUUUGUAAAGGAAAAUAUGUAUGGACUUAACGUUUUUGUUUUCUGUUUUAUUUAUAAAUGUUUAAAUGGGGCAAACAUCUUUAAUUCUAUAGAUUUAAUGCACUGUGGUUAACUGUGAUGUGGUUGGAGUUCCUCUGGAUGUAUUAUUUGGGUAAAGAUUGCCUUUAGUGUGUUGCUGGUGGAGUGGGCAUUGUGUAACUGUAUUUCAAUCGGGAUGGAAACAUUGCAGUGUUUCGAAUGUGUUCAUGUAGUACCGCUGUUUGAUUGCAUUAAAGGUUGUUGCCCAGUG